UUGGACUCCCACUCCCAUUCCUCCAGUUUUUAUUUUGAAAAAGAAAACAAGGCACCGCAGCUCGGCGGAGAGGAAACUUGCUGGGGACCUCGCCGCCCGCGUCGGUCAAAGGCGGCGGCGAUCCUGGGACGGCCUCAGCCCGCGCCGUCGAUCCGGUCCGCUCGCCUCCAGGUUGCAGCUUAAGGUCUGUGGAAGAUGGGGACCUCAUCCGGUGCUAAUUUCCACCAGCAGCCGCCACCAGCCCAGGGGAUGCUGCCUCCGAGACAUGGCCCGCGCCCCUCCGGGCUGCAGACCUCGCUCUCGUUGGCCUCAUCGGAGCAGGUGGGCUCGCCGGACAUGCAGGAGCCUGGCUCGAACUCUGACCCGGGCCACGACUCCGCCACCGAGAGCGCCAGUUCCAGGGACACAUGGCCUGCAGAGCCAAACCAGAGCAACGGCGGCACUGCUGCCACUGGUAUUGUGAGUAAGGCUGUGGAGAAGGAGAAGGAGGUGGCGAACGGUGUGGCCAAGCUGCAGGUUAUCCGCGGACCCUCGUCCCGCGUGGGUGGGAUGCUUCUGCAGGAGGUUGCGAGGGAGAGGGUUGAUUUGGUUGCUGAGAAGAUGAAGGUGAUGCCGGAGGAGCACUUGGAGGAGAUCAAGAACGAGCUCAGGUCGAUUCUGGAGGGCACUGGGGGUUCUCAACACAUCGAGGAGUUCUUGUACCUGCAGAAGCUUGUCCAGGACAGGACUGAUCUGACACCAUCCAUGCUUUCAGUGGCGCACCAUGUGCAGCUGGAGAUCCUUGUUGCGAUCAAGACUGGGAUACAGGCGUUUCUGCACCCCAGUGUUACCAUCCCACAGGGUCGCCUAGUGGAGGUCUUCUUGUACAAGAGGUGCCGGAACAUUGCUUGCCAGAGUGCUCUCCCUGCUGAGGACUGCAGGUGCAACGUGUGUGCUAGCAGGAACGGCUUUUGCAACCUCUGCAUGUGUGUCAUUUGCAACAAGUUUGAUUUUGAGGUCAACACAUGCCGCUGGAUAGGAUGUGAUUUCUGCUCUCAUUGGACGCAUACGGAUUGUGCAAUUCAUAAUGGUCAGAUUGGAAUGGGGCAAUCAGUGAAAAGCAGCAUUGGCCAUGCUGAGAUGCUUUUCAGGUGCCGGGCUUGUCAGAGGACCUCAGAGCUGCUGGGCUGGGUUAAGGACGUCUUCCAACAGUGCGCUCCUGGUUGGGACAGGGAUGCACUGUUACGGGAGCUUGAGUUUGUUUGUAAGAUAUUCCGUUUGAGUGAGGACCCAAAAGGUAGGGUGUUGUUCAGGAAAUGUUUGGAUCUGAUUGAAAGGUUGAGGAACGCUCCUGCUGAUUCCAUCAAUCCUAGGGUGAUACUACAGGCGCUCCAAGAGCUUGAGAUGGAUUCCCCAAAGAUCUCUGAAAAUGAGGAUUCAGGACGCCUGAUCACUCCCCAGGAGGCCUGCAACCGCAUAGCAGAGGUAGUCCAAGAGGCCGUGAGGAAGAUGGAGCUCGUCGCGGAAGAAAAGAUGCGACUCUACAAGAAGGCCCGCCUGGCGGUGGAGGCCUGUGACCGCGAGCUGGAAGAGAAGGUCCGGGAGGCGCAGGAGCUGAAGGCAGAGCGGCUUCGCAAGAAGCAGCAGGUGGAGGAGCUGGAGAGCAUCGUGCGGCUGAAGCAGGCGGAGGCGGAGAUGUUCCAGCUGAAGGCGAGCGAGGCCCGGCAGGAGGCGGAGCGGCUGCAGAGCAUCGCGCUGGCCAAGUCGAAGACGGCGGAGCAGGACUACGCGAGCAUGUACCUGAAGCGGCGCCUGGAGGAGGCGGAGGCGGAGAAGCAGUUCCUGUUCGAGAAGAUCAAGCUGCAGGAGAACCAGAAGCCACCCCCGCCGCACCAGGCGAGCAGCAGCGGCGCCGGAGGGGACCCCGCGCAGGCGAUGAUGCUGUCCAAGAUCCAGGACCUGCUCAAGAACGUCCGCAGCUUGCCGGCCAAGUCGGAGGGGCACUGAGCGCCGGAAACAAGAGAUCGGUAACCGUAUGUGUGAUGCUGUGCUGAUGCAUGCUGAUUCCUUUUCAUCAGUGUAAAGUGUUAGCAGAGGAGUUUGCUGUGGGGGGAGUUGUCGUGAUGCCAUUAGGUGUGUUGGUUGGUGCUUAUGAUGUGCCGUUGUAGUUUACGUAUAUUAACUCGGUCGUUGUUCGAAAAACUGUUAAAAUUAAGUGGGGCAGGUACGAAACUGAUGGAGCAAACACUGAUGGUUCUCUCUCUAUAUACUGUCCCUGACCAAACAUGUGUAUACUUUGUGAGUAAAUGUAAUCUUGCUUGCUGCUAA